AUGUCCUUCUCCCAAAAGUUUGCGUCUUUUCGACAUUAUUUGUGGCAUGGUGAAGCAGGAAUUCGGACUGUUCACUUUUGGGCACCAGUAUUCAAAUGGGGAUUAGUGAUUGCUGGUCUUUCUGAUUUAAAAAAACCACCAGAAUUAGUUUCUACUAAUCAAAAUAUUGCUUUGGCUGUGACUGGUUUUAUUUGGAGCAGAUACAGCACACAAAUCAUUCCUAAAAAUUGGGGUUUGUUUGCAGUGAACUUUUUCGUUGGUUGCACUGGUCUGUACCAACUCGUUAGAAAGUAUAAUGCUGGAGUUUUGUUUGAUGACAAGAAGGUACCAGUAAAAGAAUAA